GACAGAGAUGUAUUGUUGGUUCUCUUCCUUCUGACACGUGUACGUUCUGUAAGUGGCUUCGGGUAAAAGCGUCGGCUAAACGCCCUAACUAAACAGAAAGAUGUUGGGGAGGAAUAAAGUAAAUCCAACAUGUGAUUUUGAUAAUGCUAUGUUGGCGUGCUAUUAUGCUCAAAGUAUCAGUUUCCUGAUUUAGUAGGCAUAGUACGCAGUUGGCUGCAAAUGCCAAAUUAGUUGUAUCGCUGGUAUUGACUGUGCAGUAUAGGGACUCAUUAAGUGUGUUUGUUUAUUCAUGUACUUUUUAUUCACCACUAAAUUCAUUAAUCAACGCGCAAGUAGCUCAACACAAUUGAACAGAAAAACAUGUUUUUUCUUUCACCCCGAUCUAGGUUAGUCGAAACACGUCUCUGUCUUGCGUCGCCUCGGAUAGACCCCGCUCCUCCCAAUGUCGUUCACCGCCUGCGGUACACACACGUUGGCAUUCAAAGAGAAAUUACAAUGGUUUUAAACAUUCCUCUGACUUCUGUUCCUGCAGGAUCUGGGCUGGGCUGCCUGUCGUUUAUCUGUGGCGGUGGGGUAGUGUCACCUUCGCUAUCACUCUCCCAGGACCCAGACGCCGGCUCUGUCGCGUUUGACGAGGACUGACUCAUUUUAAAAGCAGGGAGGACCCAAGAGGGCCAUUCAGAGCUGUUUACACCUGAGAACGUUUUCUGCUAAGUAGAUAAUGUUCUUGUGUUUUGUUGAAGUUUAAAGCUCACAGUUUUGAACAGGAAUCAUAACACUUUCUAACAGUAUACACACACAAUGUGUGAACGAAUGUGUGAGCUGUUGUCAGCGCAUACAUGCUUGUGGGGAUAACAUUGCACGCAGGGUAUUUGAUGGUACUUUUCGGACAGGUAUACUACGUUGCUUAUAUUGCGCUGCAUUAAAUCACCUUCACAUGAAAGUAAUAAUACGUGUACGGGUUACUAAAUCAGCUCCGAGGGAGAUGAGUGGCAUUUGGGCUUUGCUGAAACACGCUUGUUGAGUCUGUGCCCGGAUCCAGAAGGAAUAGGAAAACAGAAACAGCAGACAAUAGGCCACCGCAGCAUGUCUGCUACGGGCUGAUGCAUUAAAGAGUGUAAUGAUGCCGACAGAUUGAUGACUGGCUCUGACAGUGAUAGCCUCGCUCUAUAAAUUCCUCAUCUCCCCCGCCCCUAAAGGGCAUGGUUUGGAAGAGGCCUACAAAGGCAUGUGCUUCCCAGCACUUAACUCAUUUUGCAGGAGACUAAAGAGACAUUGUUUUAGUUUGGUACUUCUGGAGGGUAAGUAACAUAAUUGAGGGGUUUGUUGUGUAAUUACACAUAACUUCCUUAGUGUGAUAUCGAUAGAGCGGGAGACUAAUUACUCUUAAUCGAUUAUAUGUGUACUUUGUCCUUCACUCUCAGCACACCACCAAUCACGCGGUAAGACCCCGUUCAUCGCUCAAGAUGUGGCUCGUUCUCCUGGUGGUCCUGUGCCUCCAACGCCCGACGGACGUCCUGGUCCACGGCGAGACGGACGCCCAGCAGCUGUCCGAAGAACGCUCCGCGGGACCCGGGUUAGUGGAGGGUCUGCGCUCCAACCACACGCCCGGGACCCCCCCACCGGACGGAGCCAGGCCUCCACCGGCACUCCCCAUGUGCCUGCAGGCGACGGGCAUCAGGGACACCUUCAAGUCGGUGAACACGCUGGUGUCCCUGCUGGUGUUCGUCACGGGGACUGUGGGCAACGCGGCGCUGCUGCGGAUCAUCCACGCCGACCGCGGCAUGCGCAGCGGGCCCAACGUGCUCAUCGCCAGCCUGGCCGCCGGGGACCUCAUACACAUCGUGAUCGACGUACCAAUCAACGCGUACCGGCUGAUGGCGGAGGACUGGCCGCUCGGCGCCGUGGUCUGCAAGCUGGUGCCCUUCAUCCAGAAGACCUCCGUGGGCGUCACCGUGCUGAGUCUGUGCGCGCUGAGUGUCGACAGAUAUCGAGCGGUCGCAUCCUGGAAUCGAGUCAAAGGCGUCGGAGUCUCGACGUGGACGGCGGUAGAGAUAGCUCUGAUAUGGGUUGUUUCCAUCGCGCUGGCAGUGCCCGAAGGCCUGGGCUUUGACCUGAUAACAAUGGACUAUAAAGGGAAGCAUCUGAGGAUAUGUCUGCUCCAUCCUGUCCAGACAACACACUUCAUGCAGUUCUAUAAGCUGGUGAAGGACUGGUGGCUGUUCGGCUUCUACUUCUGCAUGCCGUUGCUCUGGACGGCGGUCUUCUACACUCUGAUGUGCAGGAGGCUGCGCAGGACCUCUGAGAACAGCCUCAACACCCACCACAAGCAGAGGCGCGAGGUGACCAAGACGGUGUUCAGCCUGGUCAUGGUUUUCGCUGUGUGCUGGUUCCCGCUUUACCUCAGCAGAAUCCUCAAACAGACCAUUUACGACCAGAAGGAUCCCAACAGAUGCCAGCUUCUCAGUGUCUUCCUCGUGCUGGACUACUUUGGCCUCAACAUGGCCUCGCUCAACUCCUGCAUCAACCCCAUCGCUCUGUAUAUCGUCAGCAAGAGAUUCAAGAAAUGCUUCAAGGCGUGUCUGUGCGGCUGGCGCCCGUCUCCUACAGCCGGUAGCGACGAGGAGCAGCAGUCUGUCACCAAGUCCAAGGGGCAGGAGGAGGAGCCCGGCAACAUCAAAGCUCUGCAGCAGCACCUGGCCACGCCCCCACCUGAGGCGCCGCCGCCCCGCCCCCCGGCUCCAUGA